AACUUUAGAUCCCACAAGCCUUGUAGUGUGGCAAAAAAAAAAAAAAAAGGCAUAUUCCUGGUGCUUGCCCUCAGUGAUUGAUUGAGGUCUGGCGUGGGCCUGGGCAUAUCUGCCUUUUAAGCAUACUCCUCAUAUGAGUCUGGAGGGCCUUGUGAAAGUAAUCUGAGAGGAAUUUCAGCCAUUUCUUUUCAAACUGGAGUCCUGAUUGGGGCAAGGUGUAGGGGCGGUGAUUGAGAAAGGAGAGAAUUCUCAUCCUCUCCUGAUAUUGCUGCCCUCUCCUGUCUCAGGGUUUAUGCAUAUUCUGUCCCUCUACUUCUAACCUCAGGAAGGAGUGGUAUUAAUUAUGAAGCAGAAGCAGGAGGUCAAACAGCAAAGGAGAGGCGGAGAUUGAAGGGAGGGAUGUGAAGUACUACAGGGGAUGUUUCUUCCAAGGGAGGGGAUGCUAUUGAAAGAUUUCUGUGCUCAGUUCCUAAGACUAGGGGUUAGUGAGGAUCACCUACUGUGGCCAGCACUGCAUCUGGUAAGUGGAAAAGAUUGGGAGGAAGCUUUGCUUUCUAAGAGCCAGGAGCCCUCUUCCCUCCCUCCACUACCCUCAUGAUCCUUUCCAGCGUCACUCCCACUAGCAUCAGUGCUUUUUUGUAAAACGAGAGACCUGCUACUUCUGUCUGUAGGUCUUACAGGCAUGUGCCUUUGUCUUCAGGAACAUAGGGCAGAAAGUCUAGCCAGGUAUAAACUGCACCUAACCAUCUCCCAACCUAUCUGUCUAAAGAGAAGAGUCUUCUGCCCUGACGAUGUUUAAGGUUUUAAGACUUCUGCUCAACUAACUUCUACAGUUUCUGCCUAAUAUUGGCUUGAGAAAGGAGGAGGAGGAGGCCGCCGGGCUCUGAUUGCAGGGCCAGGGUGGAUUUGCAAAUAGUUGGUCUGUGAGGCCACAGGGUGGCGCCAGAGAAAGGAAGGCCAGAAAGAAAGGAGGGCACACGGCUCCCGGAACUACAAUUCCCAGGAGGUCUUACGCGGACGCCGGGGGCGUGGCUAUGCUGGGGGCGGGGCCUGUGGACGGUAGCGUGUGGAGAGCUCGCUCGGCGUGGAUGGCGGGGCCGGUGAAGGACCGCGAGGCCUUCCAGAGGCUCAACUUCUUGUACCAGGCCGCCCACUGCGUCCUCGCGCAGGACCCGGAGAACCAGGCGCUAGCGAGGUUUUACUGCCACACGGAGAGGACCAUAGCGAAGCGGCUCGUAUUACGGCGGGACCCCUCGGUGAAGCGGACUCUCUGCCGUGGCUGCUCUUCCCUCCUCAUCCCGGGUCUGACCUGCACCCAGCGCCAGAGACGCUGCAAGGGUCAGCGCUGGACUGUACAGACCUGCCUGACAUGCCAGCGCAGCCAACGGUUCCUCAACAACCCAAGGCAUGUGCUCUGGGGAGACCGACCUGAGGCCCAGCUGGGGAACCAGGCAGAUCCCAAACCACCACAGCCCUUGCCAAACACAGCCCACCCCAUUCCAGCCCAGCUUCCUGAGGAGAAAGUGCAGCCUCAGAGCUCCAGUCACCAGUGAUGGACUCACCCUGUCUUCCAAAUAAAUUUUAAUUCUACUUAA